AUGGAAGGUCUUGUUCUUCCUAAUGACCUGCUUCUCUUAAUAGGCGAGCAGCUCAGUCAGCAUGCAGACAGGUGGAACCUACUUUUCGUCUGCAGGCAUUUUUAUGACUUAUAUCUGCCUUUGCUCUAUCGCCAUGUAGAGCUUCGCAACUGGCGCCAUAUCAACUCUUUCUUUCAUGCAAUUACCAGGAAACGAAGUCUCGCACGGGCAGUUCGUGCGCUGGAAUUGAAUGAUUGGAAUUCGGCAGUUAAGCCACCCUCGAAGCAAGAAAGUCAAGACCUCAAGGCUUCAAUUGUGAUUAAAAGUCAUGUGUGGGCUUAUUCAGUUGAUGAAAAUGAAGCCGCGGUCUGGCAGCGUGACCUUGUCAAUGGCCUGGCUGAUGCAUGGAUUGCUGUGACACUUCCGUUGAUGACUCAACUCAGAGAACUCCAUCUUUCAUACGACAGAAAUACGCCUCACCUGAGUCGUGUGAUCCAACGAGUGAUCAACGAUGAGCAUCCAUUCCAUGGCCAACACACGUUUCAACAUCUACAAAAGGUCUCUCUGGAUCUUUCCCACGACAUGGAUGAACAUGCAUAUUCCAAUACUGAAUAUGCCCUUUUAUUUUCUUCCUCCGACAUUGUUAUGCCAAUUUUCAAUUUGCCGUCGUUGCGUGAAUUUUUUGCCACAGGUCUCGUUGAUCCGACCUCUCCCAAGAUGGAGAGUAACAAUUCCAACAAUACUGCCUUCUCAUCCAUUACAGCCAUUGAUCUACGCGAAAGCUGUGGCAAUUAUGGGAUGGAGAAGCUCAUCUCCUCAUGCGUGGCCCUCAAAUCCUUCAAGUAUCAACACUCGGAUUCGCGUCUUCAAUCCCUGGGAUACCGCCCAGCCGAGUUCUACCGGGCCCUGACACGGAGCAAAAAAACACUAGAGGUUUUAUGGCUGGAUAAUCAUGGAUCCCAUCAUCCCUUCACUGCUGCCGGGUUAAACCAAACCCACGAACAAUUCUUCGGCUCCUUAGCUGACUUCAGUGUCCUUCACGAACUACGCAUUCGACUUAACAAUCUCCUUGAUAUCGAAUUCCAAAACGAACCAACCACGCCCCUCUUGGACUGUCUUCCUUCUUCAUUGAAUUCUUUGUUCAUUGAAGGCUGCAAAAUGCGACACAUGUCGAUGUUAGCUGCACAAAUUGGGGCAGUGAUUAAGUCUCGUCAUACGCGGUUUCCCAACUUGCAACGCAUCGAAAUUGAAGGGACCGUUAAUGACCGCUCGCGCUCUGAUACUGAGGAAACAAACGAUUGUAUGCCUGAAAAUACCAGCGAGGUUCCGCUCGUCGCACUGCCACUGUAUUUGGACUGCGUUACCGCUGGGGUUGACUUACAAUUUCGGAAAUUUCCUUUCUCAUAG